CCUACUGCCAAGCAAGAAUUGACUCGGAGUAAAGGUGCAACAAUGAGGAAUUUUAUCGUAGUUGUGAAUAUUCUGGCAUUAACUCUGCCUUUUUUGGCUGCACAGGUGCAAAAUCCAGAUUCAAAUUGCCCUGAGAAGAAUCAAGUUGUGUACAAUGAGCAGAGAGUCCUGUACACACCAGUCCUCUCUGUCCUGAACCGCAAGUCUUAUGAACCCAGUUACUAUCACUACAGGCCAUCUGUGCCUGUUAGCCCAUCUGUGUAUUACCCAUUUGUUAUGAAACUACUUCUGCUUAGAUCUCCAGCCCAAAUCUCCAAAUGGCAACCAAUGCCAAAUUUCCCCCAGCCUGUCGCAGUACCUCAUCCUGUUCCAAGCCCAUCCUUUCUUGCCAUUCCUACAAACGAAGAUCAUGAUAACACUGCCAUUCCAACUAUCAAUACCAUUGCUCCUACUGAGUCCACACCAGUUCCUACCACAGAGUCAGUGAUAAAUGCUGAGGCCAAUCCUGAAGCUUCCACAGUGUCUAUCAAUAUCCCUGAGACUGCCACAGUCCCAGUGAGCUCACCUGCAGCAUAAAAAUACUAAGGAAACAUUGAAGAAGACAUUAAGGUCUGAAACCAAAUUCCAACUUCAAACCCUCCUUCAGAGGUUUGUCUGCCAUCAUUCAAGAGAAAAUGCAAUUUUCACAGAUUCAGAUCUUUCUCUUCUUUCCUUACAUUUUACAUUAAGGCCACAGUUAAUUUUGUUUUGUGGUUCUUGAAGAAUAAAGUUAAUGAAAUGC